UGCUGACUCUGCCCCAUCCCCCCGCUACUGUCCCCGGCGGGAUGCCCCUCUGAGCCCCGAUAAUCCCCAAGCAAGCAACGCAGGCUAACCUCCCGCAGCGUGAGAGGUACGAGAGAGCUGCCCGGCACAGCGCCCGCCUGUAAUUGACGUCGCAAUAGCAAGACUUUCCUCGCCCGGCUGUGCGAACAGGCUGAGCGUUACGAUGAGAUGGUCACAUACAUGAAGGAAGUCGCCAAGGUCGCCGGUGAGCUCACCGUUGACGAGCGCAACCUUCUGUCUGUCGCCUACAAGAACGUUGUCGGUACCCGACGCGCGUCGUGGCGCAUCAUUUCGUCCAUCGAGCAGAAGGAAGAGUCCAAGGGCUCUGAGAAGCACGUCGGCACCAUCCGCGACUACCGCCAGAAGAUCGAGACCGAGCUUGAGCAGGUCUGCCAGGAUGUCCUCAACGUCCUCGACGACUCUCUCAUCCCCAAGGCCGAGUCUGGCGAGUCCAAGGUCUUCUACCACAAGAUGAAGGGCGACUACCACCGCUACCUUGCCGAAUUCGCUUCCGGUGAGAAGCGCAAGGUCGCUGCGACCGCUGCACACGAGGCUUACAAGACGGCCACCGAUGUCGCCCAGACUGAGCUCACACCCACCCACCCCAUCCGUCUCGGCCUUGCGCUGAACUUCUCGGUCUUCUACUACGAGAUCCUGAACUCACCGGACCGUGCUUGCCACCUUGCCAAGCAGGCCUUCGACGACGCCAUCGCUGAGCUCGACUCUCUGUCCGAGGAGUCCUACCGCGACAGCACCCUCAUCAUGCAGCUCCUCCGUGACAACCUCACUCUCUGGACGUCAUCAGACGGCAACGAGGGCGAGGCCGCCGCCACCACCGACGCACCCAAGGAGGAGGCCAAGACCACUGAGGACGCACCGGCUGCAUCCGAGCCCAAGGCCGAGGAGCAGCCUCCUGCUGCCGCCCCUGCCCCCGCCGCUUAAGCACACUCUCCCUCUCUCGACCUUGUGUAUCCUCAGCCGUCGUCAUCUGUUCUCGAA